AUGGGGCGGAGAUACCGGCGCGACACGCGACAUGCAGACACUGAACUGUCCACACUGACCGGAGAAGCGCAAGUAUCCGCGCUAGACGCAUUGAUAAGCGAUAUCAGUCCACACAACCACACACUUAGCGCACAAAUCUACGGAGCCGACCCACUAGACGCUGUGGCCACGGUCAGCGACAAAUACGAAAUAGUGCGGCAGGCACAGCCCGAGAAUCCACGGCUAGACCCUCUGGGCAACACCCUCAAUGCGGUUAUGCGACUGGCCAAGGCGCAUGCGAAUCUGCACGAAAUCGACGAACAACUGCAGCACGGCGACGUGGCAGUGGCUGCCAGCUCGGUUGCUGAGACUGCAGGGCUGCUGGGCGAACUCGAGGGGGACCGGGCAAUUACAUCGGAGUAUGUGGUGUUAAUGCACAGCCAGCUUCUGCGCAAGAGGGCGGCAGUGCGUGCGGAGCUCGAGUACGUGCAUGCUAUGUACGGCGUAGCUGUGAGCUCCGAUGGCGCGCCGUACGAGAACGCUGUUACGCCCAGCGAGCUGCUGUUUGCAUUGGCUGAGCUUGGGUUGGCGCGCGGGCGCAUGGACCGGAUGGCGGACGACCUGGUGACACACUGUCUUGUGCCCCUGAUGCGCCGGCCGCACGAGCCGCUGGCCGUGGCGCACUCACCCAUGGGCGCCACACUCAGCAUCGGCGCCUUUGCACCCCCUGCGGACGCCAGCAACAGCAACAAUGGUGGUGGUGGAAGCGGUGGCGGUGUGCAUUGUGAGCUUGUGCGAGACAAGUGGGCGAAGGUGCUGUGGUUUGUGCGCUCUGACGUGUUCCACGACGUUGACGUCGACGAGGACCUGGCUGACCUGUAUGCAUAUUUGGGCUCGCGCAUGUGGCGCGUUGUCUGCCCGCUUGUGCGGUCCGAACUGCUCAUGCCUCUUGUGCCUGCGUGCGCCGAGGAGCUGGCUGAUUGUGGAGCGAUGGGGCCCCUGUUGCAGUUGGAGGACGCUUGGUUGGAGAUGCGGCUGAUCACGCAGAAUGAUUUGCGGAUCAAGGCGGCGGUACGCGACGUUGUGCUGGCGCAUGUGGCCAAACGGCGCCGCGACUUGCUGGCCACUGUUGCUGCAGUGCUGGCGAGCAACGAUGACAACACUGUGGUCGUCGGAGGCAGCAGCGACAGGAAGGGCUUGGUGGGGGAUUCUGAUAGGCUUGCAUUCCCGCAGUGCGCGAUAUCGGAGCGCGCGCAGACUCUGGUCGACUUUGUCAAUGAAACCAUGGCACUGACAGCCGCGGACUCUGAGGAGACGCCGCCUCUUGCUGCCCUGUACUUCCACGCCGUGCGCGACGCGCUGAUUCUGCAUCGCGCGCUUAGCCGGCCGGCCGCCAACGGAGAUGACCUCAAGCGGGCGUUUGUUCAGUUCAACGACUGCGAGUUCAUCUCGCAUAACUUGGCGACUCUCGGCCUCAGGCACCGCGGCCGCUGGCCACCAGUUUUGAAGGCGUCGGCGACGUUUACCGAUGCCAUUUCGGCAUAUCGCGAGCUGGGCCGGUUGGCCAUGGCGCCUGUGCUGGAACGGCUGCGUGAGCAGUUGUCGCUGGCGCUGGGGUCAUGGCAAGGGCAGGGCGCUUCGGCUGAGGGAGCGCUGGCCCUGGCCUGUGCGGUUGUCGAGCGCGUAUGCUCGGUGGGCAGCCUUUAUUUGUCUGCCGAAAUGUUCUUGAGGGUGCUUGGCGUGCUGGUUGCCCCCCUGGCGGUCUUUGUGGCUGCAUGGCUAGAGGGCAUCGGCGCUGUCGGCGAUGUGGAGGCGCGCGCUGUGCUGCGGUUGGUCGCACCUGUUGUUGGCCUGCGCGAUAGGUUCCGGUAUACUGCUGCGGGAGUGGCCGAGGACGGCGUUGGGUUUGCCCAGGGACAUUGGGAUCCGCUGAUGGUCCAAAUCGACCGUCUGACGGCUCUUUCGUCCAAAAUCGCCACAAACAGCAUCUAGCGCUGACGCGCACACACCUGUACAAUUUCCCCACCUUUUAAUUUGCCAAUAUUUCCAAACGUGUU